GACAAACGUAAACUGCUUUUCGCCUUAACCAUGCUACAUCUUCCAUACACCCGCAAGGAGAAAGCCUACGUCGUCAGGUCGUUGCAAAAGGUUCACCCUGACAUUGCUGACUUGUUUCUGUUUGAUGAUGAGCGUGAGUUCAUCAAGACUGUGCGCAUGCCCCUGCUCAAGUUUUUCCAGCUGAUAGACAUCAUCCAAUCCCACCCGAGGACCAGCAUUGCCUUUGCGAAAAUGAAAAAGAAAACACUCAUCCAUGCUGUCUGCGUGGUGCUUAACCGCUUCGGAACCAUCUACGACCACUCGUACUCUGUUGCUGAGAGGUUCAAGCUGGCCGAGGUGUCUUUGCGAACGUAUACAGAUUAUCAACUACAACGGAACUACAACGGCAAUUACAACGGCAACUACAACGGCAACUACAGCUGUAGCUACAGUGACAGCGACAGUGACAGCGCCAGCGACUUGGAGGAGGGUGAGAUCCGCACUGUACCCAAGAGAGAACGCCGUUGCGAAGUGGUUGGCCUAACCACCUCUAUCUCCCCUUCUCGUAACCGGCUGCGCGUCCUUGUCAGUAGGCCAGCUCACACCGUCUGCAAGAAAGAGCAUGGUGACCUACCAGACAGGAAGGAAGCAGAUGCUCCGGCCAGUGUCAACUCGAAGGCUCUAGUGGACCACAUUACUACGCUUUGGCAAAAUGACCAAAAAAUACUUGUGCGCAGCCACACGAGACACCAGCCGCUGUCCGCCUACAAACGCAGGGCAGGCGAGCAUGCCAUCGAGCAGACAUUUGACGCCUGGAAAACAGUUUUCCGGUCCCUCGACGCGCUGCCUGUGCGUAUCAGGAGUCCAAAGUCGCAGAUAUUUGUCAGCGACUGGAUUUCGGCUACCGGUUACCUCUACAACUUCAUCAGCCCAGAUGAAAAGUAUGUGGAGUUGCUGCGCCGCCUAGACGAGGAGGAUGUGACCAUAUGCACACCGCUGUUCGACGUCGUGCACGACUCUAACCUGAGCGACUCGGGGGAGGAGGAAGAGAUAGACAUGGAUGACGAGGCUGAUAUCUAAAUCUUGUAUAUUUAAUUUAUCAUGGUAAUUUAAAUGAGUGU